CACCAGCCACGGUUGAAACACCAAACCUAGGAUGUUCAUACAGCUAGUGAGAACAUGCUCGCCGAGCUAUGUCACCAGAAGAGUUGAAUGGCAUAAUUAGCAAGUACAAGGGAGCAAUUCGAGUAAUCAAGCUUUCAAACGACAUAGCAGUCAAGUUUGGGCGUGGUGUGACAGCCGCCGAGGCCAGAACCCACGAAUUUGCCUAUCAAAAUGUAAAUCCGAAUAUCGUUCACGUUCCUCAAGUUUAUCGCUUUUUCGAACGGGACUACGAUCCUCGGUGGAGCAGCUCAGAGGGCUACCUGUUCAUGGAGUAUGUGCCAGGCCGGACGCUUGCUGAGCUUGACCUUGAUGUGGGGGACGACAUCGUUCCCCGCAUCGCUCAGAUCAUUGCGCACCUUGGCCAGAUCGGAGUGCGCAAUGAUCUGAGCGACGCAGUCCCCGGUCCCAUAGGUGGUGGAAGCCCAAGGGGCUAUCAAGAGGCUAUCUUUGGGGUGAAGAUGGUGCGGGAGAAACCUUCACAUGCGUGUCAGACUUCAACGCUUGGCUCAACAAACGUCUCGAAUUGCAGAGGAAGUCGAUAGAUCUUUAUGGUUCUCCACUUGUUCUAUGCUAUCUGGAUCUUGCCCGGCGGAACAUGAUUCUCAGGGAUGACAACACAAUUUCUCUUGUUGAUUGGGGUUGUGCUGGACUUUAUCCAAGGUUUUACGAAACUACAACGCUUCUUUACCUCAGUCCUUGGGAUGCACUAUACCAGAAACGCCUGAUUGAAACCACAAAUACUCUACUAAAAUUGACUGAUGAUGAAAAGCGCUUGGCGAGACUGGUCCAGAUUGCCCGCGCUGUUAGUUUGCAAUAUUCCUUCAAGACCGACAAAAGGUCAUAUGGUUUACCAGAGGGAUUUUCUUCAUUGCCCCCCCCUCUACCACCCCUAGGUCAAUAAAAUGGCCCAAUUUGGAGUUACUAGGGUAGUUGGCGCUGGAUUGAUUAUUUCGCAGGGGUGGGAAACAGGCUUGCAAGAGAGGUUUACAUCUCACCGGGAAGGAUAAAUGCUUCAGAAGUUGUAAUGAUU